AGCAGAAGACGAACAUUCGCAUUGAAAACCUUCGAGAAGUUCGGUACACACCCGAAACGCUGGAGGUGAUGCUGGUCGUUAGCGCAGCCCGAUUCGACUCGGACGACGAAGUGACUAUAUUACGAAUCUCAAACGUACACUUCGAGGAUUGGGCGCGUUUGGAGAUGCAUCUACAGAACACGCCCUAUGAACGCUGGUCGCAGCAGAACACCAGUGUGACCAAGCUGAAGCAACAGCAUGUGGCAGCAAAGCUGAGGAAUGCCGCCAGUGAUGUAGCAACGAUGAGUAGCGUGGUCGCACAGAUGAAGCACCAUGACGCGGGAUCAACGUCAGACACAGCAAGCCAGACUACCCUACCGACGAAUACGCUCACCUCAGCCUCGAGUACGGGCUCUGGCACCAAAGGGAAAGAUAAAGCGUGACCGUGCGGCACGAAGAUAUCCGUUGGCUUAUGUAUUUGAAGCGCUAUAUCAAUGAUUAAAAUUCACGAGAAAAUGUCAA